UUCAUAUAUAUAUAUAUAUAUAUAUAUAUUAUUUAUAUAUUAUUUUUUUUUUUUACAAGUAACAUAAAAUAAAUCAAUUAAUUGUUAUGUUUAGUCAUGGUCCGUGUGCGUAGUGAAAUUAUUAUUUGAAUAACCGUGGGUUUUAGCAUUAGCACGAGGGUGUGUGUUGGGGGAAAAGAUGGCCACGGGCUGCACUGACUUUGAGGAGUAGUUAUGCCGCGUUCCAGGCAACCCGUAACCCAUGUUUUCCAACCUUCUUACCCGUGAAAGUGCACUGGAACAGCAGUCAAACCCGUGACUUCCCACCCGUGAAUUCGUACUAGAUCGAUGUACUCCCAAUUACGGGUUCUGACGUCACAUAGCCCGCGAAACAACAAUGGCAGCCCCUACGGAUGCAGUGUUUAUGCAAGUGCACGGUAAAAUAAAAGGAAAAACUCCCGGUGAAACAAUUAAGAUCACGUGACAUAUCAAGAUGGAGUAUAUUAAAGAGGAGACUGAGGACAUGAGAAUCUCAGAACCAUUCAGAGUGAAACAUGAAGAAACUAAGGAACAAACAGACCUGAUGCUGCUUAAAGAGGAGAGUCCAGAUCUGAAUGAAAUGGAGGAGGAAGAUCAGUAUGAGAAACAUGAUUUCAUAAAUGAAGAUAGUCUUUGCUCACAGACUGAGAAGUCUUCCGCACAAAAAAGAGGCGAGGAGGCAGGAUCUAAAAGAUCUUUUACUUGCCAUCAGUGUGGAAACUUUUUCACUACAGCAGGAAACCUUAAAAUCCACAUGAGAGUUCAUACUGGAGAGAAGCCUUUCACAUGUGAUCAGUGUGGAAAGAGUUACACACGAAGCAAUACCUUAAAGGAUCAUAUGAUGGUUCACACUGGAGAAAGACCUUUCGAAUGUGAUCAGUGUGGAAAAAGUUACACGCGAAGCAAGACCUUAAUGAUUCACAUGAGGAUUCACACUGGAGAAAGGCCUUACACAUGCAAUCAGUGUGGAAAGUGUUUCAUACGUAAAGACAACCUUAAAUUACACAUGAAAAUUCACACAAGAGAGAACCAUUUUAUAUGCCAUCAGUGUGGAAAGAGUUUCAAAGACAUAGAACACCUUAACAAGCAUGUGAUAAUUCACUCCGAAGAGAAGCCUUUCAAAUGUCACCAAUGUGGAAAGAGGUUCAAAAUAAGUAAAAAUAUUAAGGCGCACAUGAGAAGUCACAGUGAGGAGAAGCCUUUCAAGUGCCAUCAGUGUGGAAAGGGAUUUGUAAUAAAUAAGGACCUCAUAAGACACAUGAGAAGUCACACUGAGGAGAGACCUUUCAAGUGCCAUCAAUGUGGAAAGGGUUUAAAACAUGAAGAAUCGCUUGCUUACCACAUGAAGAUUCACACUGGAGAGAAGCCUUUCAGCUGCACUCAGUGUGGAAAGUGUUUCAUACAUAGAGGACAGCUUACUGUUCACAUGAGAGUUCACUCAAGAGGGAACAAUUGGAAAUGUAAAUUUUGUGGAGAGUGUUUUACAGAAAAGAAACUCCUUCAGAUACAUAGAAGUACUCACAGCCACAAAGAAAAGCCUUUCCCCUGUCCUCAGUGUGGAAAGCGUUACACAUUUAAAGGACGCCUUAAGAAUCACAUCAGAUCUCACAAAAGGGAGAAGGCAUUCACCUUAUUUCACCAUGUGGAAAGUGGUUCAUACAUAAAGGACACCUUAAUUGUCACAUGAGACUUUAUAAAAGAGAGAAUGAUUUAAAAAUGUCAACCAUGCAAAGAGUUUUACAUACAAAAACAAAACAAACAAAAACACUUAAAAGGCAUGUAAAUAUUAACAGAGGAAAGAAACUUUUAUUUUUCAGAUUUUUCAUCUUCUUUUGUGUUCAACAGAAGAAAGAAAGAAACCCAUACUGGUUUGGAACAACAUGAGGGUGAGUAAAUAAUGACAGAAUUUUUAAAGGGUUAUUUCAC